AUGAUAGGACAAGUCCCCUUCAGGUCAAACUACUCAAAUGAUUGGCUUUUGUUCAGUGAUUUGAACACUUCGACCGUCGAUGCGGGAAUGCCAAUGCAGUCCGCGUACUCAAAGCCCGGUCAUAUACCUACCGUUUCAGGCGGCUAUACUUGGGCAGAUGAAACGAACAAAUGCUUCUAUCAAUUCGGCGGAGAAUUUGCCCCAGGCACAAGUCCCAUGGAUUUCAGCAUGUGGACCUACGAUGCUCUCCUCAACCAAUGGAAUACUACUGAAACAAUUGGCGAAAAGAACCCGCAACGAGUAUCGUAUGGCGCAGGAACGCAAGUCGAAAGUCGUGGGCUGGGAUUCUACUUUGGUGGCUGGCUCAGCAACAAGACAACACCCGGUUGGACUGGACCCCCAAUGGCUACGACCGGUCUGAUGCGAUUUGAUAUGUCUACCGGCGACUUACAGAAUACAACCGGUCCAGACGAUAUUGGGAGAGCUGAAGGACAACUGGUAUUUCUACCUGUCUCAGAUAGCGGCGUGCUUGUUUAUUUCGGUGGCAUCGAAGACUCGUACCGCAACGGUAGCUUUGACGCAGCAAACAUGAGUACCAUACAUGUCUACGACAUGGCUUCAUCGAAAUGGUAUACACAGACUGCUUCCGGCGAUAUACCCGACACCCGAAGGCAAUUCUGUGCUGAUGUCACCUGGCCCGAUGACCAGUCGUCUUUCAACAUAUACCUAUAUGGUGGAUACGGCUUCGAAAAAGCAGCAGCGUACGACGACGUCUACAUCCUAUCGCUUCCAUCAUUCAUAUGGAUCAAAGUCUUCAGCAGUGAUGAUGUUCCCUCUGAAGUUGGUCACGGCGGUUGUAGCGCAAACGUCGUCAACCAUGCGCAGAUGUUAGUCAUAGGCGGCUGGUUUCCCCUCUACGACAAAUGCGAUGCACCCGAGGGACAAGGACAACACAACAUGGUUCUAGGAUACAACGGUGGGGACUCGAAGCUUUGGGACAAGUUUAGCCCUCAGCUAGACGACUACGUAGUACCUUCACCUAUUAUUGCCGCAGUUGGAGGCGGGCCUACCGGAGGUGCUACAAAGACUUCGCCAGCAACCUGGGGCCAUCCAGAUCUCGCUACUUACUAUACACUCAAACCUACUUUCACAGCAAGAUCGGCAACUCGCUCUCUUCCCUCAGCUACAGAGUCAGCAUCUGGUGGAAGCUCAAAGAAGUCAAACGUAGCAGCCAUCGCUGGCGGCACAGUUGGAGGACUGGUGGCACUAAUUGUCCUUCUGUGUCUUAUACUCUUCUGCUUACACCGGCGAAAGAAGUCUUUGAAGAAGAAAGAGGCCGAGACUCCAUCUAGUCUCCCACCUGCUGAACUUGCCACCACGGUUCCCCAUGAGAUGGCCGACACAGAUGCUAGCAAGUUCAACAUCCUCAUUCUGCACUGA